AUGGCCAAAUCAAAGAACUCGUCUCAGCAUAAUCAGAACAAGAAGGACCACAAGAACGGCAUCAAGAAGCCCAAGACCCACCGCUACCCAUCCCUCAAGGGCACGGACCCGAAAUUCCGAAGAAAUCACAGACAUGCGCUGCACGGAACGAUGAGGGCACUGAAGGAGGUGAAGGAGGGCAAGCGAGACGCGGCAUGA